UACUGCCCCAGAGUUUAAUCACUCUUCUGGAGAGUCCCCUACAUGCUUCCCCUGUUCGACACGAUCGGCAGCCUCAUCCCUGCAUGACCUGGGGCACCACACUGCUGCCACAGGGUCACAAGAGACGAUCCACAAGUUGUCAGUGCACCCCAGGCUGGGACAGAUCAUCCAGCUCCACCUCAAACUCUUCCUACUCAUCCCAAACCAAGUAACUGCUCCACCAUGAUGGAUGAAUCCACAGAGCAGUCCCGCUGGGUGUCCCCAGGCCUGAUCAGCUCUGAGGCCAUGGGAGGCUUCUCCUCUGAGUCGGGCUUGCUACCUCAAGGAGAAGAGGGCGAGUCCCUAUACUCCAGCACCGAGGCGGACUUCAUGGGGAUGCCGCCCUACUUCUCCAGCCCUGGGCAAAGUCGCGCUGUUCCCACCUACAGGCACAGCCCAGUCCGCCAGGUGUACUCCUCAUCCCUCCUGAACAACAUGCAAUGGCUGGAUGGCUCCACCCCCCACACUCUCAGCUCCCCCUACACCCCUGCAUCUUCAUCCUGGCCCAGCAGUCCCUACGGCAAGACUCUGCACCCCCACACCUCCUCCUCAUUAUACCCACUCACCCCCAGUUCCUCAUUCACCGCCCCCAGGGACGGGAUUCCCUCCCCAGGGCAUGAUAGCAAGGAGAACCUUCAGGAGGUUAUGAAGGGUGAGCGGUCGAGUCCCCUGGAGGGGGCGGCCAGCAGCUUCCUGACACUGGGUUCAGCGGGAGGGGGCAUGUAUAGUCACUCUCCCCACUCCAACUCCCACGUGCUGGGACACUACAGCUCCUACACGGCGACCGCACAGGACUUCAGUACAGCUGGGCUCUUUCCCUCCAUGGGGGGGCUGUUGGCCUCUCCUUACUCCCCCAAACUGCGGAACAAGAUGAGGCUGUCGCCACCUGAGAUGUGCCCAGCGGAGUGGCAUGUGACUGACCCCGUCACCCCCAUGUGUCUGAUGACAGAGGCCAGGGAAUGCGUAAACUGCGGAGCUACCACCACCCCUCUGUGGCGCCGGGAUGGAACAGGCCACUACCUUUGCAAUGCCUGUGGGCUCUACCACAAGAUGAAUGGCCAGAACCGACCCCUGAUCCGGCCCAAGAAGAGAUUGAUCGUCAGCAAGCGGGCCGGAACGCAGUGUGCCAACUGCCACACCAGCACCACCACACUGUGGAGGCGUAACAGCAGCGGGGAGCCCGUAUGCAACGCCUGCGGCCUUUAUUUCAAACUGCACAAUGUAAACAGACCCCUCACCAUGAAGAAAGACGGCAUCCAGACUCGGAACCGCAAGGUGUCCAAUCGGAACAAAAAGGGCAAGAAGAGUGGAGGGGUGGAGCUUUACUGUGACGCGGCCCGGGGGCCCUCAUCAGAGUCACACAUGGCAUCAUACUCUCUGGCUUCUGGGUCCCUGCUCUCCUACAGCCACCCCUCCCACCUGAUGCCCCCACCAUCCUCCCUGCACCCCUCUGCCACAGGGGGCUACUCUUACCACCCAGCAUCAGGGAUGGUGCCGACACUGGUGUGAGCUAAAGUGCCACGAAAUAAGACAAUUCAACACACACACACACACACACACACACACACACACACUGAAGGCAUGCCCAGAUGCAUGUUCAGUUACUUAGAAAUGGACUGAUAUGUUUUGCUGUAAUUAGAGGGUAUGGAUGCACAACCCAACAUCUACCAAAUGAAAUAUUCUGCACACUAUACAAUAUAUAAAUAUAUAUAUAUAUAUAUAUAUAUGUGUACUAUUUUUUAAAAAGGUGAAAAACUUUUUCUAUGGUUUGUAUUUUGUGUUUAGGUGAGCAUUGUAGAUAAAAUUAUAAAUAUGCUUUUGUGUUUUUUAUUCUGUUCAGAUUUCACUCAAAACAAUGAAGAACAUAGAAGAUAAUAAAUUUAAAAAUGAGAGGAGGCUAUGGGGCCCAACAAGCUUGUUUGGGGAGAACUUAACUAAUAGCUCCGAGAGAAAAUCAUAUCUAGCUCAGAUGUAAUUUUAGCUUGCACUACACUGACAGGAAGACUAUUCCAUACUGUUAAAAUGUUCAAAAUGUUCUCCCACCAAUUUCCACCUAUGGCCACAAGUUCUUGUUCAAGAAAUUGAAAUGCAAAAAAAAAGAAUGUUAAUAUGUUUGUGAAUGUUAAUUGUAUAGAUAUGUGAUUAAAACUUCACGUAAUUUUA